GGUCAUCUUAUAUGCCUAACAUUUUCAUAGCUUUGGAGGUUGUUUAAUGCAGUUCUUUUUUGUUUUUUCCUUCUUUUUCUCUUUUUUAAUCAUUGCUUUAUGUUUUACUUUCUCAAUGGGGAAAGAAACACUGAUAUGUUCUACUCACAUGUUCACACUUGAACAGGCUAUUAAAAUGGUUAUCAUGUAUGCCCCAGAGCCAGAAGUAAGAAAAAAAUCCUUUGCUUUGCUGAAAGUAGUACUCGCUGAUAUUCCUAAUACUCAAAGGUUUGACAUUUUGAAAGCGUUGAUUACAAAUACAGGCUCAUCCUCCAUGAUUGCCAUUUUCAUCGAUAUUUUCAAGAGGGAAAUGCACAUGGAAGUUUGCAAUAUUACAUCUGUAAAAGAAUCCCCAGACUCUAAUAAUGAAACUCAUCUCGAUAUGCCAUUUUGGACUCCAAGUAUUCUUGAGUUGGUGGAGUCGGUUCUAAGGCCCCCACGAGGUGGACCUCCUUCCCUCCCUGACGCGAGUGAUGCGGUUUUGUCAGCUCUCAACCUAUACAGAUUUGUAUUGAUGACAGAAUCUAUAGGAAAGACAAACCACACUGGAGUAUUGUCUAGGAGCAAUUUAGUUAAGGCCUACAAUGAAUGGCUGCUUCCUUUGUGCACCUUGGUGAGUGGGAUUAUGACAGAGAACAAGAAUGAUUAUGAUUAGCUUGCAGUUGACACUGUGUGUACCUUGAAUCCACUUGAACUUAUUUUGUACCGUUGCAUUGAGCUUGUAGAAGAUAAGCUUAUGCAAUCUACCACAUAAGCUUUUCUUUUUCACCAAAGUUGUCCUCUUUUGUGAAACAUUCCAUCAAUGAGAAUAUUUGGUUUCAAUAUUAAUUCUGCUUGUAGAUAAAGCCCUAGAACAAUAACACCAACAACAAUAAUAAUUGUAGAAGAGAAUGAAGAGUGUAAAAUUAUCGAUGGAAAAA